GGUAUUUCAUAUAAGCUGGGGAGGGGGAAGGCAAACAUGAGACCUAAUGUAAAGGGAAGAAUCAAAAGCUGCAAGGGUGUUCCUUUUAUUGCCUGUUAUCAUGCAUCUGUCUGUUUGUAUCAUAAGGCUAAUAAGGCCAGAUGUGAUUUGACAAUCUCAUCUUUAGACCACUUUCACAAAGAUGUUUUUGCAUUGCAUUCAGUAUCUCACUGGAAUCACUUACUGAAACAGUUUACAUAAAAGACCAUGCACAAAAUCCAUGUGUUGCAGAGAUGGGACCCCACCCACUUCCCUCACCCGGCGUCCUGGAAGUCCUGUAAUGCUGAGAAUCCUGCUGGCACAUGCUGCUCUUUGCCAUGGGACUUUCUCUAAUCCUACUAAAGAUCAAGUGCCAAAGGGUUAAUUAACAUUCCUGACCCCACUUGCAGGCUUCUGGCAUGGAAGGCCAUAAUGGAGCAGGAUGUGUGCACAGAACACAGACCACAAGAGGGCAUCAGUGCUGCAUAGCAGGGCUGAUCCAGCCAUCCAAACUAAAGGAUCUUCUCUAAAGCCGUCUGGAGCUUAGUGUGUUCAGCAGCAGGGAGGAGGAACUGUGUUGGCUGCUACAACUCUGCUCCCAGGGCACUAGAGAGGCUCAGAGCUGAACCUCCAUAAGAGUCUUUAGACAGGGAGAGAAAGGAAGGGAUUCCAGUAUCCGCUGGCAUAGCUCCAGCUUCAGAGAGAGAAGAGGUAGUGGAGAUGCAAUAUAAACCCAUACAAAGAGGCAGCUGCUGCUGAUCUAGGACUGGGAUACUCACAGUGAUUCUCCCAGGAUAACAAGCACAAAUGGAAAACUCAGUAUUUCCGCAGAGACUUCCCUUUCAUCCUCGUCCCCCAACAGAGGAGAGCACAGUGAUUGGGAACACGGACGCUGUGCGCUGCUGGGAAUGCUUCUGGGAGUUCUGGAACUACGAGACCCCCAAGGUGAUUGUAGUGAAGAACCACAACCUUGGCAUCCUCUACAGGGCGAUGCAGCUUCUCAUCCUGAUCUACUUCAUCUGGUAUGUGUUCAUCAUCCAGAAGGGAUACCAAGAGAGUGAGACAGGCCCCGAGAGUUCAGUCAUCACCAAGGUUAAGGGCAUCACCCACUCACAUGACAAGGUGUGGGACGUGGAGGAGUAUGUCAAACCACCUGAGGGUGGCAGUGUGUUUAGCAUCAUUACACGGGUUGAAGUUACACACUCCCAGACCCUGAAGACCUGUCCUGAGAGUAUGGCAGUCCCUAAUGCUACUUGCAUCUCCGACAGUGACUGUAUAGCUGGGAAGAUGGACAUGCUUGGGAAUGGAGAGAGGACUGGGCGCUGCAUUCCGCAUUACAGUGGGACUGUGAAGACCUGUGAGAUCUUAGCCUGGUGCCCAGUAGAAAAUGGAGGAGCCAUCAGUGACUCCCUGGGGAAGAUGGCUCCACAGUUCACCAUCCUGAUCAAGAACAGCAUUCACUUUCCCCGCUUUGGAUUCUCCAAAGGGAACAUUAAGGAUGAUAAGAAUGGCUACCUGAAACGAUGCACCUUCAAUGAGACCUCUGACCUUUACUGCCCCAUCUUUAGGCUGGGCUUCAUUGUGGAGCAGGCAGGAGAGAACUUCACGGAGCUGGCUGAGAAGGGUGGUGUCAUCGGGGUGAUCAUAAAUUGGAACUGCAACCUGGACCUGCCUGACUCGGCAUGUAACCCCAGAUACUCUUUUCAGAGACUUGAUCCUAAAACGAUUCAGGAAUCUUCUGGCUACAACUACAGGUUUGCCAAGUAUUUCAACUGUAAUGGGACAAACACACGGAUCCUGAUCAAGGCAUAUGGGAUCCGCAUUGAUGUCAUUGUACAUGGCCAGGCAGGGAAGUUCAGCCUGAUCCCUACAAUCAUUAAUCUGGCCACGGCACUGACCUCUGUGGGAGUGGGCUCUUUCCUUUGCGACUGGAUCUUAUUGACCUUCAUGAACAAGAACAAGGUGUACAGCACUAGGAAAUUUGACCAGGGUCCCAUCCUGCAGCCACUGACAGUGAGGGGAUCAUGCACAAGUUGCCAGGCAAAGGCCCCACCAUUGACUUUCACUUGUUUCUUGUUCACUGCAGACCCUCCAGGCAGGUCCAGCCUGCUCUCCACUGCCACUUGGGCAGGGCCUUGCGUUAGCAGGCAGCAGGGAGGCAUAACAGGAACCAUGACAGAAGAUAAGGCAAUACUGACUUAGUGAUAUAGACUAAAAGCUAAGAUGACUGUUUGGGGUGGAUUUUAAGUGGAAAAUCAAAAGAAAAGCUUUCAUUAACCAAAAGCCAGGCAAAAGAUGACUGCAAGUACUUUGGGAUUACCUAAAUUCUUCAGCUGUUUGGUGUAAGAGUUUGCUGGGCUUAGAAUACUGUAUUAUCCUGAACCUGCUGGAACCUCAGUUCUCUUUAAAAACUGACCAAUAAGAUACAAGCAAAAUAUUCCAAGUUGCUGUCAAUUUCCUUAUUGGCUGGCAAAUACUUCUUCCCUAACUCUAAUGAUUUGUGUGUUGCCUACCUGAGACAGAAGUGUGGCUUGCUUCAGUGCCCUGUUGCUGCUCCAUCCAUGAAUUAUGAAAUGCAUGCUGCAAAGUAAGAGGACCUUAUUCACCUCCCAAUGAUGUAAAAGGAAAUUGGCAACAGACACCAUUGGAAGUUCAACUAUGUUGUAAAGCAAGGGGUGACAGUGUACAGCCCAAGAGCCAAAUCCAGCCUGGAAACCAUUUGUAUCCAGUUCACAAAACUGGGAGACUGUUGGCAAGUCAGCAGCAGGAGGAGAGUGGCAAGGGCAGCAAUGUGCCAGGGAGGAAGACCUAAUCCAUUAAAUUGAGACUACUGCUCCUGUAAGGUCACCAACCCCUGCUAUAAAGACCAGAUCAUAAAACAGUGGAAAUAUAAUAGUGAUGAUAGAACUGCUAGAAUAAACUAUCAAGGGAAGUGAUGGAUUUUCCAUCUCUAUAGGUAUUCAGAUCAAAGUGGAUGCCUUUCUGGAAGAUAAACUGUGUUUGGCUAAAGCAUCUUGUUCUCAACUGAGGGGUAAAGGGCAAAAAGUGUAUGGCCCGUGUUGCACAAGAGGUCAGACUAGCUGAUCUCUAGUUUCUACUCUUAAACUUUAUGAAUCUAUAAAAGUGGGUCAGUAGUUCUCCCUGCCGCAGACAGCCAGACAAUGCAGGAAUAAAGCAAGAAGUUAGGAUUUCUUAGGGUGACACCAACAGACCUGAUGAAGAAUGUCUUGCAUUCAAAAGCUUGUCUAACUCUAUUGUCCAAUAAAAGAUAGCACCCUUAGAAAUCCUUGCCUCUCGUAUAAUUCCU